UUUCCAACCUUCUUAGCUGUAGACAAAUGCAUUUAUGGUAGGAUGUAUUUUGCGCUCGAGUCCCGGGUGAUGCAUGGGUGUAAAAUUUUAACUACUUGAAAAACAUACUUUAGAUAACGACCAUGUUACAAAAAAAAAAAAAACGAAUCCAAGCCUCGUUGUUGAUGAAAUCCGUAGACUUUAUAUUAUUAUAAAUAAAUUAAUAAAUUUGGAUUGGGAUUCACUGUUAUCAGGAAAUUUUAGAGCUUUUACGCACCUCACAGCUAUACUUUUCUAUGGUUAUUUACGUUAUCAACAUGGCGGCAAUGAAAGAUGUAUUGUCAUUAUACCAGCAGCUAAAAUCAGAAUGGACCAAGAAACCUCCAAGACUGGAAAAAUGUGGCGACCUCCUCCUGAAAUUAAAGGUUGGCCUGACGAACCUGAUGUUUCUUCCUACAUCCAAUGCGACUGCGUCCCAGCAAGAACUUCUUAUUGCUAGAGAUGUGUUGGAGAUAGGGGCUCAGUGGAGCAUAGCUGCGAAGGAUAUCCCAUCUUUUGAGAGAUACAUGGCCCAGUUGAAGUGUUACUAUCUCGACUACAAGGACGAGCUGACGGAGUCGUCGUACAAGUACCAGCUGCUGGGGCUCAACCUGCUGUUCCUGCUAUCGCAGAACCGCGUUGCAGAGUUCCACACGGAGCUGGAGCUGCUGCCCGCCGACCAGAUCCAGAGCAACGUGUACGUGCGGCACCCCCUGUCGCUGGAGCAGUACCUCAUGGAGGGCAGCUACAACAAGAUAUUCCUCGCCAAGGGCAACGUCCCGGCAGAGAGCUACAACUUCUUCAUCGACAUCCUGCUAGACACGGUGCGGGGCGAGAUCGCGGCCUGCCUGGAGAAGGCGUACGAGAAGAUCUCGCUGACGGAGGCGGCCCGCAUGCUGAACCUGCCCAGCCAGGCGGCCAUCAAGGCGUACGGCUCCAAGAAAGCCUGGACCUUAGGAAAGGACAACUUUUACUACUUCGGCGGUGAGGAGAAGAAGCCGGACGAGUCGCUCCCCUCCAAGGAGCUGGCGGAGCAAGUCAUAGAGUACGCUCGAGAACUGGAGAUGAUCGUGUAGAGUUGCCGAGUUCUGUCAACUUGUGAACAUUAAAUAUUCAACUUCAACUGCAAAAGAGAUUGGUUGUUAUAAUUGACGCGAAAUAGCUUUGGCCAACUUUUCCUAACACUAUUUAUGUUUUGUAAAUAACAAUCUGUUCUUCUCACCAUGUUUGCAUGUUUGUUUCAUUAAUAAAAUAAUUUUUUUACAUAA